AUGAGAACUUAAGAAAAGCCAAGUAAGUAAGGAGGAUUGUACAGUUUGAAUCUGGGGUAGAAUAAUGGUCCUUACCUUCCGAAAGACAUAAUGCUGACUAAUUAAAAAUCACUAAAGGUUUGAUAAUGUAACAGCUUAGCUCCUCCAAGGAGAUGAAGUCAGCAAAUCAGUAUCUAAUGUCCUUGCUAGAGCUGGGAUGGGAUAGUUGUAUGAACCUCCAGAUAUCUAUGAUGAGAAAUCGAAAUAGUUUGUAAACUUAGAUGAGAAAUACAAAACCAGAAUGAGUGCAAGUGAUAAUGUAGCAGCCAUGAGUACACUUUAUUCAACAUCGAUAAAAUAGCUUUAAGAUUCAUUAGCUGAGUAUAAGGAAUUAAUAAAGAAGACAGAAGUAAAUCAAUAUACUAAAAAUUUAGGAAGAAUUAAAAGCAAUGAAUGAAAAAAUAAAUAGUGACAAUAUUACCAAUAUUAGAGAGCUAUAACCUAUGUUAAAAGUAUUUCAUGGUAAAUUGAAGGAGAAAUUGCAUGAAGAAAAAAAUGAGAAUUAUAAACUCAUGAGAGAGAUUGAAGCAUUAAAUAGAGAAAAGUUACAGAUAUAGUACUCAAUCAAAUAAAAUUAGAUAAUCUAUACUUUUUUCACAUAAAAGAAUUAUGGAUUUAGAAAAACUAGUUGGUAUUUAACACAAAACUGAAUCACUUUAUGCAGAAAAAAUUCAUGAGGAAGAGGAUAUUAAUGAUGAUGAAGAUGAAUAGCAUUCAGAUAAAGAUUUAGAUUCUUAAAUGUCAGAAUCUUAAGACUGAUUUUUGU